AUGGAGAAAGAGAGAUCGAGCAAACGCCACCGCGAAGAUCGAGACAGAGACCACCACAAGCAUCGCAGUCGUGACGCCGAUGAAAAGCGAUCAUCAAAGGACUCCGAUAACCAUCGCCACCACCAUCGAUCGGACCGCGAUUCCAAGCGCGAGCGCUCUCACGAGCCCCGAGAUCACAAAUCUCGUCGCGAAAGGUCACGCGAGCCGAGCGACGACCGUGAUAUAGCACGUGACCAGCGGGAGCGGUCCUACGAGCCGAGGGGCGAGAGAGAGGGGAGCCGAGAGAGGUCCAGGCAUCGCGAAACGAAGCGCGAGAGGUCGGAAGAGAGAGAGGAAUAUAGACGUAAGAGGAAAGAGAGGGAGAGGAGUGAGGGUAGAGAUGGGGAUGUUGUUGAUUUGGACGAUAAGAAGAGGGCUAGGGUUUCGGAGGAGGAGAGGAAAGAUAGGAAGCGAUUUGAGGAAGAUGGGAAGGAAGUGAAUGGAGGUCAGAGACAGAGUAGGAGGUUUGAAGACCGUCGAGUAAAGGAAGAAGAGGAUGGUGAUUAUGGCGGAGCCGUUGAACGCAGCAAUGAAUUGAAUGUGAAUGCAAGUGAGGUUAAGAAAGAGGAAGUGGGUGAUGACCAGCUUGGUAAUUUUCAGGGCGACACCACCACCCCAAAUGGGAGUGGUUGGGUGGGUAAUGGUGCUGCUUUGGAAUCUACUAACGCAUCAAGGAUUGUGCCUGAGACCUCUUUCACACCUGGUCAUCCCCUUCCUACCAAGGUAUCUUCGAUUUAUACCACAAAUGAAAAUAAGGGAGUUAGUAUUACCAGAUCUCAUGAGGUUCAUGGAAAAUCUAGUACAGAUGGAACAUCUUCAACUGCUGGGAGAAGUGGGAAUCUGUCUCUUGAUGAUGUAGAAAAAAUUAAGAAAGCUUUACAAAAGCAGAAGGAAUUGACUGAGAAGCUGAAGAAGAUUCCCCAGUUGAACAAGGGUGCCAAUGCAAGAAAAGAAGCUAGCCAGAACUUGGGAUCGAAGGAGCUGAAACCACCAUCUGCCACUGCUGGAAUACUGCAUGCACCAGCCCCAUCAACAACUGGUGGUACAGCUGCUCCGGGGGUAAGAUUUGAUUCAUCAAAACUACCCGUUGCACCAGCAGCUUCAUCUACAAGUGGCAUGAUUGCAGAAGCUGGCCUUACAGCCGUUCCCAACCUUGAAGCUGUUAAAAAAGCACAGGAGCUUGCUGCCAGUAUGGGGUUCCGCCAGGACCCCCAGUUUGCUCCCCUUAUAAACUUGUUUCCAGGACAGGUGGCAACUGAUGUUGCUGCCCCUCAGAAGCCUACUAAGGCCCCUGUUCUUCGUCUUGAUGCCCUUGGAAGGGAAAUAGAUGAACUUGGAAAUUUAGUGAAUGCGACUAAACCAAACAACCUCAGCACUCUAAAGGUCAAUAUUAACAAACAGAAGAAAGACGCAUUCCAAAUUCUUAAACCUGAAUUGGAUGUGGAUCCUGAAUCAAAUCCCUUUUUUGAUCCAAUGAUGGGUAUUAAUAAAACCAAGAUUUUGAGGCCAAAGAGGAUGAAUUUCCAGUUUGUAGAGGAAGGAAAAUGGUCAAGGGAUGCUGAGCAUAUAAAGUUGAAGAGUAAAUUUGGAGAAGCACAAGCCAAAGAGCAAAAGGCGAAGCAGGCACAGUUGGCAAAGGCAAAGGCAGCACCAGAUAUUAAUCCAAAUUUGAUAGAGGUAUCAGAGAGAGUUAUCACCAAAGAAAAACCAAAGGAUCCAAUUCCUGAAAUUGAGUGGUGGGAUGUGCCCCUAUUGCACUCUGGUACUUAUAAUGAAGUCAUUGAUGGCGCAGUAGUGGAAAAUAAAUUAAAGAUGGAGAAAAUCACCAUCUAUGUUGAACAUCCUCAACCUAUCGAGCCCCCUACUGAGCCAGCUCCUCCACCGCCUCAACCACUGAAGCUGACCAAGAAGGAACAGAAAAAACUCCGUACACAGAAACGCCUGGCCAGAGAGAAAGAUAGGCAGGAGAUGAUUAGACAAGGCCUGAUCGAACCCCCAAAGCCAAAAGUUAAAAUGAGUAAUUUGAUGAAAGUUCUUGGCUCUGAAGCAACCCAAGAUCCAACCAGGCUUGAAAAGGAGAUUCGGAGUGCAGCUGCUGAGCGUGAACAAGCUCAUAUAGACAGGAAUAUUGCACGAAAGCUCACUCCUGCCGAGCGCCGUGAGAAGAAAGAAAGGAAGCUUUUUGAUGACCCAAAUAAUGUGGAGACCAUAGUCUCAGUUUACAGGAUCAAUGAACUGUCACAUCCAAAGGCCCGCUUCAAGAUUGAUGUUAAUGCACGGGAGAACCGGCUAACUGGAUCAGCUGUGAUCUCAGAUGGUAUGAAUGUAGUGGUUGUUGAAGGUGGCAGCAAAUCUAUUAAGAGGUAUGCUAAGGUUAUGCUUAGGCGCAUAAACUGGGCUGAAGCUGUAAAAGAUGAUGAAGAAGAAGAUGAUGAUGUAAACAAUGAUAAGCCUGCUAACAAGUGUGUGUUAGUAUGGCAAGGAAGUGUUGCCAGACCAAGCUUCAAUAGAUUUUCUGUUCACGAGUGCAUGACUGAAGCUGCCGCCCGGAAGAUUUUUGCUGAUGCUGGUGUUGCUCAUUAUUGGGAUCUUGCGGUCAAUUUUGCAGAUGAUGAGUAG